UGCAGGGAUAUCUGUCCAAUCCUGAAGGAUCCAGCAGCUCUGACAGCUGUGACCGAUCUGUUUGAAGAACAUGUGAGGAAGAACCACCCGCAGGUGGAUCUGAUCGUGGGUUUGGAUGCUCGUGGUUUCCUGUUUGGUCCUCUGCUGGCUCAGAGGCUAGGUGUUGGAUUUGUCCUAGUCAGAAAGAUCGGCAAACUGCCCGGGAGCACUGUGUCUGUGGCGUAUGAUCUGGAGUAUGGAAAGGCAGAGGUGGAGGUCCAGGAGGACGGCGUGGCUCCAGGACAGAAGGUUCUUCUGAUUGAUGACCUUUUGGCCACUGGAGGGACAUUGUGCGCAGCCUGUGAGCUGAUGAAGAAGCAGCAGGCUGAUAUUCUGGGAUGCAUGGUGGUCAUCGAGCUCAAGGAGCUGAACGGCAUCGACAAACUGAAACCACACCAGGUGUUCUCCCUGCUGCAGUACUGAGGAGUGCUGCAGACAGACCUGGGAUCAGGCCAAGCUCUUUACUGAAAUGAACACGGCUGCACAAAGAAAGUUAACAUGUUGUCUUUGUAAUAAAAGACAGGUACUUCCAGUGUCUCCAUCAGCAAACAGGAAAGCUCUUCAUCUUAAAAUUCACAUUUUUUGUCAUUUCAAUCACAUACUGUUUUGCAAUUCCAGUAAGCACUUAAAUAUAUAUAUUUUUAAAUGGUCAUUUAUUCACACAUCUGUUAAUGCUUUAUUGCAUACAUUUUUAACCAUUUAUUUGACAGGAUUCAAAGGGUCUUAACAUCUGUACUCAGUGAUAAGUAUUUUGAAGAUAUCCAAACAUGGCCUUCUUUCAAUGUUUUCAAUCGUAGUACCUGUGACCACUGUUCUCCUUACUAAUGCAGCUGUCCUGUGAUAAGCAUGUCAUUUUAAUGUUCACAACCUUUGUCCUUAAUGUAUCACUUUUAUCACACACAUGGUAAUGUAAGAAGUCUAUAAUGAUACCAUUUAUCUGACUGAUAUUUUUGCAUUUAUAAAAGCUAGAAACUAAUUGAUCAACUAC